CCAUCCCCCUCUCUGCGGUGGCUCUGUCGCUCUGUCCUCCCUGCCACCAUGCUGGAGCACAUGUCCCGGCGUUCACGCUCUUUUCUCUCCCUGUCUCUGACCUCGCUGGCACUGGCUCUCUCCAUCCUGGCCUUCUGCACCUCGUACUGGUGCGAGGGGACACACAAGGUGGUCAAGCCCCUCUGCCUCUCUCCCGUCAAGAUGAAGAACUGUGGAACCAACAACAGCGAACCUUACACCACAGAGAGACCCACACGUGAUCCCAAAAAUCAGUCCUUGGAACUCAUCUCAACGGUUUCACCAAAGAGAAGAGAGGAGCUCCUCAAGAUUCGGCAAAGGCAACUGGCCAAUGCGGUUCACUAUAUCUGGGAGACGGGAGAGGACAAAUUCAUGUUUCGAUACUUCCACACGGGGUUCUGGGAGUCUUGUGAGAAACACACUGAUGGUGAACAGUGUCGCAGCUUCAUUGAGCUGACUCCGGGAGAGACUCAAGGGAUCCUGUGGCUGUCGGUGGUGUCGGAGAUCGUGUACAUCAGCCUGCUGUCCCUGGGGUUUCUGCUCAUGUGGCUGGAGCGUCUGUGUUCCCACAGCGAGAUGCACGCGCUGAAGAUCAACGCCUUCGCUGCCAUCUGCACGGUUCUGUCCGGCCUAAUGGGAAUGAUGGCACACAUGAUGUACACCACAGUGUUCCAGGUGACAGUGAGCAUGGGACCCAAGGAUUGGAGACCCCAGACGUGGGAUUAUGGGUGGUCAUUCGCCCUGGCCUGGAUCUCCUUCAGCUGUUGCAUGGCUGCAGCUGUCUUCACACUCAACUCCUACACCAAAACGCUCAUCGAGAUCAAGCGCUGGCAGAAGCUGCACCUGGAGGAGGCCCGGGCCUACGACCAGGUGGUCCCGGGGGCCGGGGUCUACUCCGUCAACGGCCUGCCUCCCUGUCAGGGCGGCCUGAUGGACAGUGUGUGGGAGAGGGAUGGGAGCGGGGGUGGGCUGGGGGUGGAGGCGGGGAUGGGGAGGGCGCUGGAGAUGGAGGGGGCGUCCACUCUGGUGCUGGUCGGGGAGUGCGGGACUCAGGGGUGUGAGGACUGCGAGAGAGAGCACGGGUACGACAUCUGUACGAGGGAGGAAGGGUGUGAGGAGUGCCAGUGA